CUCUGCCCUCGAACUCCUCCGUUCGCUUGCCGUCUUCGUUGGCGAUCCCCGGUCGCCCGGGUCCAGUCGCCGCCAUGACGCGGCCUGAGUCACAAAACGGUUGGAACAAAGUCCUGCCCACCACCCAUUCAGGCCGAGUUGAACGAAUGUCACACCAGGAACUCGAGGCUUACGAGAAGGAGAUCAUCAAAGAGUGGGAGUCAUCACCAGGUCACUGGUCCGGAAUAGGAAAACACACAGAUACCACCCCCGAGCACCUUGAAAAAGCGAAGCGGUAUCACGACCAGUUCAAAAGCAAUCUCAAUUACCAACUGGGCCGCGGGAGCUAUGGCGUCGUCGACAAAGUCCAACUCGCUUACAAGCACCGCUCAAUACGCUUGGCACGCAAGUAUAUUCCCCAGCGACGGAAUAUGCUACUGGAAACCCUACGGCGUGAGGCCAAGGUGAUGGACAAGCUUGAGCAUGAACACAUUGUCAAACUCAUUGGUUCUUAUUGCUACCGCAAUGUACCUGAGCUGUACCUCUUGCUGUGGCCUGUCGCCGUGUGCAAUCUGGAUGACCUGUUUAACGACCUGCAUCUUCUCCAGACCGGCCAAGACGACCGCGAUGAAAUUCUCUUUCGCCUGGCCACACUUGAUCUUACUGACCUGGACGCCUUUGAAUACACCUACCUCCCCAGCAAGCAUGUAUCCCCUUCGUACGGAAAUCGUUGCUUGUUUAGGUACAUGCGCCAGAUGAUGGGCUGCCUCACCCGCGCCCUGGCUUAUUUACACAAGUCCGACGUGCGCCAUCUGGACCUCAAGCCCGGCAAUAUCCUCUUAAGCCCUGGAAGAGUCUACCUGGCGGACUUCGGCAUAGCAAGAGACGUGCAUGACCGGGAAAACACUCUUACUCUCGGGCAACAGGGAACCCCCAAGUGGAGAGCUCCCGAGGUCAGCCGCCUUAGUGAUGAGUGGUCGAUGCGGGCUGCGGAUGUCUACUCUCUCGGAAUGGUGUUGCUCAACAUCUCAACGGUUGUAUAUGGCGCCAAAAUAGCCGACUUUGAUCGUGUUGCCGGAAAGCUGCCAGAUCGGGGGAGAGAUGCACUACUCGACCAGUUCUUGGGGCAUCUUGAAAUGCAUGCGCUUGCAACCCAGGAAUACAAGGACUCCGAAGCGCAUACAGUGGGUCCGAAGCACACAAUUAAUCUGAUCAGGAGAAUGUCGUCCACUGCACCAUCGGAGCGACCUGCGGCGGACGAAGCUGAUGUCGAGCUGGUUGAACUAGGUGGUAUUGAGCAGGUAUAUCAUGCUUCCUGCUGCAAGAGGAGCAGCCGAUUUUUGACUGAAAAGCUUGACUCGCGCCUCAGGCGUGUCACUGAAGACGCCAAGCGACUACGAGACGAGCACGAAAAGAUCAUCAAGAGGCUAGCUGAGCUCGAAGCAAAAGAUGCCACCUACGAAGCUCGGAUUAGGAACGAGACGACCCAUGUCGCUGAGAGGUACAAACAGAAAUGUGAGCAGCUGAAGAAGAGGCUGGAAAACGAAUCUGAGGAAAGAAAGAGGCUCGAGGCUAGCUUGAUGGAACUCCAAACUGGUAAAAGGCACGGAGUUCCAACCGCCUCGCGCCGAACCACCACUUCUUCAUCUGUAUCGACGAAAGCGAUUCCCGCCCCGAGCGGUUUGAAGAUGCCAUCGAGACCACCAACGUACCCUCUGCCAACAAUUUCGUCAUCAGCCCCCAUCCUACAAACUCUCGUCAAAAUGCCCACCCCAAUCGCCGAUCGUACUGCUCGUCCAAGCUACUCCCAAGCCGUCUCAACUGGUACUAGCAGUAUUCCCGUACCGCAGACCGCGACUCGUCGAGAUUCAGUACGCCGAGACUCCAUCAUCCGUCCAGCUAACCUGCUCAACUCGCCAAUCCCGGCUGUUGGGCCCAAGAGAAGUCCAACGCUUGAGGUUGCUCCCGCCAACUAUUCGCUGCGAUCCAGCACUUCAGCUUCCCGCUUACCUCGAGCUGUCAACCCUGCCACACCUAUUAGGUCCAGCACGCCUAGCACGCCGCGGUACAAUCGCAACACCUCUUCAGCCGAUAGCACUCAGCAUAGCAUGACGAGUUCGACCCUCAGCCUGAGCAGGUCGCGUAAUGACGACCUCAGCAUGCCAACGACGGUCGAAAACACGCCCAAUGUCUACAGUCUGUCUCCCGGCCGAAUUGCCAAGGAGUCGGACGAGAUGGUACCCAGACUUGCCGAUAGCGAUUCUGCAACUGCCAUUCGAGUAGAUGGUGUCGGUCUUGGGUUGGGUUAUGAAGAGGACAUCAGACGAGCGGAGAGUGUUGCCUCUCAAGACGAUCACGAAGAGAACGAAGAGCGUGACAUGCGAGACGACUCUAGUGAUGUCAGCUUCGCUCCUUCUACAAGUACUGCACCUUCCAUAGGGCGUGAUUCCGGUCGUACAGCCAUUCAGAGAAAGAUCCCUUCAAUGCCCACCGCACCCAGUUGGGCAGAUGUGGCCAGGACCAAACCCCAGUUGCAAAUUUAACCGGGGGUCCGAGGAAAGCGAGGAUAUUGGAUAAUAUUCCUGAAUUAUUGGAUGACAUCGAUAUGGAAUAUGGUUAGGGUUGUGAAUGUUUGAGGGGGUUGAGAAGGAUGGAGCGCUGGAUUGGUGUUCCGUCCCAGACCCUCUGGCAGCAAGUGCUUCAUCGAUGGGUGGUGUAUGAUGAAGACGAGGCAGAUGGAAAUGUCCAUGGAAGCGAAGCGAAGCGAAGCUGAUAGGAAUGAGUCAAGAUAGGAUUAUUGUCGUGGAUGAUCGCGAAAUGAUUAUCAGUAGUGAUCAAUAUAUGCCUAGCUAGCAACCAGAAUAGAUAGUACCAACCACUUAACUAG